AUGAAGCGGCUCAUUAGAUUCCUCGCCAAAGAUGGCGGUACUUAUUAUGGCGAUGCCAUUCUACCGCAAGGCGUCGCCGAUAUCUCCAGAUCCAAAAGGGCCCGCAUAAUUACUGGAGAUAUUUUCGGGAAGCACCAUGUCACAGACCAAGUAGUAGACAUCCGACUUUUGCUGCCGCCUUUAGCCCCAUCAGACGUUGGGACUGUUCGGUGCGUAGGGCUAAACUAUGCCAACCACGCUAAAGAGGCGAACAUGGAACAACCCCAAUAUCCCCUCCUCUUCUACAAACCCCCUACGGCCCUCUCGGGACCAGUUGAUCCCAUUACAGUGCCGCCCAUGGCACAGGAAACCGCGGGUGUGGACUACGAAUGCGAAAUGGUCAUAGUCAUUGGAAAGAGGUGCAGAGAUGUGCCGGAGUCUGAGGCUCUUGACUGUGUGUUCGGCUACGCCGUCGGGAACGAUGUGACGCAUCGAGACUGGCAGCUCCAAAGAGGAGAAGGUCAAUGGUCCCUUGGGAAAGGAUUUGACACAUGGGCACCUUACGGACCGGGUGUAGUUACCAGUAACGUUAUCAAGGACCCCCAAAAUCUCAGGAUCUGGACCAAGGUCAACGGAGAAACUCUUCAAGAUUCCUCUACUGCAGAAAUGAUAUUUGGAGUCAGGAAAGUCAUCUCCUUGCUGAGCCGGGGUGUGACGCUCAUGGCUGGAGACCUCAUUUUCACAGGAACGCCCGCUGGCGUAGGAAUGUGCCGCAAUCCCCAAACUUGGCUUAAGGAUGGCGACGUUGUUGAGGUUGGAUUGGAGCAGAUUGGCGCAUGUACGAACAGAGUUGAAUUCGAUAAGGAAGAAGCAAAUUUGUGA